AUGGUCACACGGGGGGACAGACACGGGACGGUCAGACCCAGGAUGGUCACACGGGGGGACAGACACGGGGACGGUCAGACCCAGGAUGGUCACACGGGGGGACAGACACGGGGACGGUCAGACCCAGGAUGGUCACACGGGGGGACAGACACGGGGACGGUCAGACCCAGGAUGGUCACACGGGGGGACAGACACGGGGACGGUCAGACCCAGGAUGGUCACACGGGGGGACAGACACGGGGACGGCCAGACCCAGGAUGGCCAGAUCCCGGACGGUCAGACACGGGAUGGCCAGACCCAGGAUGGCCAGAUACGGGACGGUCAGACGCGAUGGCCAGACCCAGGAUGGCCAGAUACGGGACGGUCAGACACGCGAUGGCCAGACCCAGGAUGGCCAGAUACGGGACGGUCAGACACGCGAUGGCCAGACCCGGGAUGGUCACACGGGGGGACAGACACGGGGACGGCCAGACCCAGGAUGGUCACACGGGGGGACAGACACGGGGACGGCCAGACCCAGGAUGGCCACACGGGGGGACAGACACGGGGACGGCCAGACCCAGGAUGGUCACACGGGGGGACAGACACGGGGACGACCAGACCCAGGAUGGUCACACAGGGGGACAGACACGGGGACGGCCAGACCCAGGAUGGCCAGAUCCUGGAUGGUCAGACACGCGAUGGCCAGACCCAGGAUGGCCAGAUCCUGGACGGUCAGACACGGGAUGGCCAGACCCAGGAUGGCCAGAUACGGGACGGUCAGACACGGGAUGGCCAGACCCAGGGAUGGCCAGACCCAGGACGGCCAGACCUGGGACAGUCAGAUGUGAGGACAUUCAGACACGGGGACGGCCAGACGCGGGACAGUCAGACGCAGGGAUGGCUCCUGAGCCUCGCUGUCAUCCGGGGAUGAGCUGGGCUGCACCGCGCCUUCUGUGGCCUCGUGUCGCCCCAGCCUCGAGGGCAGAGAAGCCCACGGUGUCUGUCGCGGGCAGCUCCACGCUCCGGUUUUAAAAUGACCUGCGAUUCUGCACUCAGACUUCUGUUCCCUCUGGGGCUGUGCUCAGCCAGAACUGUGAAUAGUGUUUUUUAAGAUUAAUAUAUUUCUGAUAUUUAAUAGGAGAUAGGAGGAGGGAAGGUCAGAGUAAAUGCUACAUCUGCUU